AUGUCAGGCAUUGAGAUUGCGGGUAUUGUGCUGGGGAGCUUCCCCAUCCUACUCAAAUGCCUCAACCAUUAUCGGGACGGCUUCAGGCCCCUCGAAGAGUGGUGGGAUUUCCGUACGCAUUCUGUUGCGUUUGUCGACGACAUCAGACAUCAGAUGAUGCGAUACAACGAGAACCUGAUCCGCUUGCUCGGUCCCAUCGCUGCGAACAUGCGUGACCUCCACGAUUUGAUUCGCAACCCAACAGACCAGCGUUGGCAUGACGGCAACCUCGAGGUCCCGCUAAGACAGAGGUUGGGUAGCGAAUACGAUAGGUUCUUCCGGAUUGUUGAGAGGAUGCGCGAAGUGGUGGCCGAUCUCGAAGUACUUCUUCAAAUCGAUGAUGGGACCGUAGCUUUGUUGGUGAGCCCAUCGCAAGGGACGCCCUGGCAGUGGUACUUCAAGCGGAUGCGAAUCAGUUUCUCCCGAGAGAAGCACAGGAACGUUCGCAAAUUGGCAGCAUACAAUCAAGAGCUGCACGAGAUCCUAGGCUACAGCGAACGGAUCACCUCGGCGAGUGUUUCCGACAAGCGAGUGGCAUUGGACUUAGAGCUCGCCGAAUCCGAUUCUCGGCUGCAUGCGCCUACGCGGGCGGUUGGGUUGUUUGGGAGCAUUCGCCAGCAAGCCUGCGGCAUCUACAACAGGCUCAAUCAGCGGCGGAAAUAUGACAGCACAUGUCCGCCCGAAACCUAUGCAGCCCGUGACGCAGCCCGUCUCAACUUCAGCCCCCUGUCCAUUUCCGUCAGCGGGAACGUACUGUUUAUCCUCGGCAGCGACUCGGAAUUUCCCAGCACAACGCUGCAACAGUUUCGAAUCAAUAUGGCCACCGGCGCCACGCCAGCACCAAUGCCAGACAUGAGCCUUGCUCAGAAGUCAGCCUUGCUCGCCAGCGUUCAGCAGGCACUGAUCGGGGACAACAGGGCGACAAUGAGACAGGAGAAGCCCGGGAGUUUGCCAUCGCUAAGGUUACAGGCUAGCAUCCCGUCUCUGAAG